CCAAACCGAUACUUCGUCCACGAAUAAGGAAGCACAUGAAUGGCUGCCUUGGGUUUCAGCAAUUUCCAGUGAAAACGAAUGUUAGGAAGCUAUUUGUUCUUCAGCAAGUGCAAGGGAGACACGUGGGGAGGACGAUCUCACAUUUGGGUUAUUUAAAGAAACGUUGAAGUCCACAGUUUCUGAUUUGCUCGACACAGCAACCGAGAUGAAUUAGCAGCGUGGAAGCUCCGGGGACCCACAUCCGCAAGAACGGCAGGUCGCACAGGUGCAUCACGACCUUCAUUGCAUUAGAUUGUUCAAAGGGAUCAUCAAACAACAUCGCGCGCCCGUUUUGUACUGAGCAGGAAAACCACGUGAUUGGACAUGCGCUUAGAAGAUAGGCACAGGAAUUGGUUGGAGAAUAAGUUGUCGCGAUGAUCAUGGCGUUUGUAAGGAAGUUUCCGGUCACCACCCUGCUGGUGAAUCUGUGUUUGUUGUUGCUUUUCAGUUUCGUCACGCUUCGCUCGCCUUCGACAGUGGCCGAGAAUCAGGUCGGGUAUGGAUACCGUGUCAUCUGUGUCAAUCAGGUGAUGAAUGGCGACGCUCUCAUAGCCGAUCUUGACCUCAUCAAGCGAACUGACGUUUACGGCCCUGACAUCGAACGUCUUCAGCUCACUGUGAGGUAUGACAACCAAGACAGGAUUCGUGUGCACAUCACAGACGCUAACACACUGCGAUGGGAAGUGCCACCCGAUCUCAUUCCCAGGGCGACAUCCCAAGAACUCAAGAGCCUCCGCAACACAACAUACUCCCCCGAUUCUUCCAAGGCUGCAUGCCGGAAUCUCAGGCUUCCAGAAAUCCAAAACCCUACCAUUCCAUUACAAAACCCCGAUCACCCGCUAGAAUUUUCCUACACUACUGAAAUAUUUGGAUUCGCAAUCACGAGACGGUCGAACGGGGAGGUUCUGUUCAACAGCACACCAAGCGUCUCAACUGCCAAUGGGCUAUCUAACAAUCUCGUGUUCAAGGACCAGUACAUUGAGCUCUCCACCCAGUUACCCAAAGACGCUGCACUCUUUGGUCUAGGAGAAGGAACUCACAGUUCUGGACUUCGUCUUGCCAAGGGCAAUACAUAUACUCUGUGGGCGACCGACAUCGGAAGCUACAGGACGGACAUAGAUUUGUAUGGGAGCUAUCCGAUAUACAUAGACGUGAGAAAAGGGGGAUUGGCUCACGGCGUGCAGCUCGUCAACAGCAAUGGUAUGGAUUGUGUCUACGGAGAGGACGGACUUACAUUCAAAAUGAUCGGGGGUGUCCUGGAUCUUUACUUCUUCGCGGGGCCAUCACCAAGGAAGGUCUUGGACCAGUAUACUCUGUUCGUUGGGCGGCCCGCUCCCAUGCCUUUCUGGACUCUAGGGUUUCAUCAAUCACGCUAUGGUUACAAGACAUUGAAAGAGGUGGAAACGGUGGUGGCGAAAUACAAAGAGAUCGGGCUCCCUCUGGAAUCUAUGUGGUCUGACAUCGAUUACAUGGACCGUUUCCGUGACUUCACCAUUGAUCCCGACACAUACCCCCCUGUCGAGUUUCGCAAGUUUGUUGAUACAUUGCACGCGAAUAACCAGAAGUUUACAAUGAUUGUUGACCCAGGGAUCAAAGUGGAAGACAGUUACCCACCCUACGUGCGCGGCAAGGAGCUCGACAUCUUCUUAAAGACCGAAAGCGGGGAGGAAUACCUUGGCCAAGUGUGGCCAGGGGCAGUCCACUAUCCUGAUUUCCUCCACCCGAAAGCCAAACAAUGGUGGACGAAGGAGAUUUCGGAGUUCUACAAGGUGAUGCCCUUUGACGGACUGUGGCUGGACAUGAACGAGCCUUCCAAUUUCUGUUCUGGACCGAAUUGCUACUAUCCUCCCGACGUCGUAUGCCCGGAAGCGCUCGACUGGUGCUGCAUGGUUUGCGACAACACGAAUGUCUCGCGGUGGGACAGGCCGCCAUACCGCAUCACCAACACAUGGAACAAGGAGCUUUACGAGAAGACCGUCACUAUGACUGCACGCCACUACAACGACGUCAAGCACUACGAUGCGCACAACAUCUACGGAUUCAGUCAGACGGUCGCCACUUUUAAAGCUCUCAAAGAGGUAACCAAGAAGCGGCCAUUUGUGAUGUCACGCUCCUUGUAUCCUGGCUCGGGUGCCUCCGCUGCGCACUGGUCGGGUGACAACGGCGCUUCAUGGAACGAUUUACGAUACUCGAUCGCCAGUAUCUUAAAUUCAGGCCUGUUUGGCAUUCCUAUGGUAGGGGCAGACAUCUGCGGCUUCAUCCCAGCCACUUGGGAGGAGCUUUGCAAUCGAUGGAUUCAGGUGGGCGCCUUCUAUCCCUUCGCUCGCGACCACUCUGACGUGCACUUCGGCCCCCAGGAGCUCUACCUCUGGAAAUCCGUCACACAUUCCGCGAGGAAAGUCUUGCCACUGCGGUAUAAACUCCUCCCUUUCAUGUAUACGCUACUCCACGAAGCUCACAUGACGGGCGCUCCCGUUGCACGUGCCCUCUUCUUCGUCUUUCCAGAGGAUCCCACCACAUACGAUGUUAGCGACCAGUUCCUUCUAGGGGACGCGAUCCUCGUCUCCCCUGUUGUCAGUGAAGGGCAAACUUCCGUGAAUGCGUACAUCCCCAAAGGCAACUGGUGGAACUUAUUCAAUUGGUCGCCGAUCCACUCCAAUGGCUCGUACUACAAACUCGAUGCGCCUUGGGACACUAUCAAUGUCCAUGUCCGGUCUGGUUUCAUUCUACCAAUGCAGGAGUAUGCAAACACUACGGCUUUGGUGCGAAGUUCCCCAGUUACGCUGCUCGUUGUAUUCUCUGGAGUGGAACAGGAGUCUGCGUCUGGUGAGCUGUUCCUCGACGAUGACACGGAGAUUGGUAUGGAGAUCCGGCCCAAAACCUCCACUCACAUCAAAUUUGUGGCUGCAAAAUCUGCGAGUAGAGGGUCAGUCCGCUCCACUGUGAGAUAUGGCGAGUGGGCGGAGCAGCAGGGAUUGUAUGUGCACAAGAUAGUGCUAGUGGGUCUGAUGACACCAGCGAGCUCUCUGUUGAUUGAUGGAGCUCCCUCUCCUGACAUUGUGACGCUUAAUUUCGACAAAGCCUCUUCGAUACAGGAGAUUUCAGGCUUGCGGUUGUCUGCUGGCAAAGAUUUUGAGGUUGCAUGGACAUCCACUACACAUGCUGUUGAUUCCAUCGCUACUAGUUUGUGGCAACUUUCCUGUUUACAUUCAAACUGAUAGGAAAUUUUAGAAGAUGAAGGUGCGGGAAAUUGACAAUCUUCGUACCAUGAUAGGAAAGAUUUCAUCAACUAGCUUCCUGCAAUAAGCUUAUUGCAGGCUUAUCCAGUGUAAUUUUUCACUUGCAUAGGAACAUGAGUUGUCACUUUGAGCAGCCGAAUUGUACUGAAAGUUGAGAAUUUUUUUUCCUUUCAGUGAAAAUUAACGUGUGCACAGGACGUUUGAAAUUUACAAAAGAGUAUUCUUAAGAAACGUCUUCUCUGAA